GUGUCGGCUCACUUAGACCACAGCGUUUACGCACGGCAAGCCAGUCGGUAUCGGGCAGCCCGACACGUCGGAGCUGCCUUCACCUAUAAAAUCCCACCCUCCUCCAACCCACUUUAAUAAACCGAGAUUCGGGAACAAGUGGCCACAGCGAAAAAAGAGAGAAGGAGGGAGGAUGAUGAUGAAAGGGGGGGACGAGAACGGAUGAUUUCGGCUCUAGGAGAGGUGGAGAGGAGGAUGGCACGACGCCUCAGCAUCACGGGAGCGAUGCGGACGCAUUUCCAGCAGCAGCUCCAGCAGCAGCAUCAUCCCUCUCCCUCUCCCUCUCCCUCACCGGCUCCACUGCCAAGCCCGCGCCGGCACCACAGCGCCCCAGCCCGGGUUAGAGAUAUUAAUCAUCACUUGCUCUGUCUGCGCAUGUGAUUCCUCCGCGAGGAUUUGAAGAAGAGCACCUGGACUGAAUUUCCUCAGCAAAGACCCCUCUUCCCCCAUUGCUCCCUUUUUCACCUGCCAUGGUGACAUGAUAUACACCUGAGUGGAUUUACUCCUGACUCGCAUACACGGACAAUCCUGUGGGCUCUUUGGACCGCCGAACUCUUGCACAGCCUCUCUAGACUGCCACAAACUAUAAAAGGACAUCUAUUCCUCUGACACGCAACAUCUUUCCGGUUCGCGAUGACAGUGGCUGUGAGAUUCCGUCGCCACUUGCGUAGGCUCCUGCUCUUAUUGGCUUCCUGUUGCCUCCUGUCUCUGCUCUUCUCUGCCUAUUUUCUCUUUGCAAGUUCAUCGCCUUCCAUGCAACUUGGACAAUCCGCAGAGCCGGCGUGUGCUCAGCCGCUCUCUAUGUCUCCGUACCGUCACCUCCCAUACCCGUACCCUCCAAACCCGCCGCACACACAUGUCCAAACCGACCCCGUGGUGUUGGUGCUGGUGGAGUCGCAGUACUCCCAGCUUGGCCAAGACAUUGUGGCCAUACUGGAGUCGGCCCACUUCCAGUUCCGCAUGGAGAUUGCCUCGGGAAAGGGCGAUCUCCCGGCACUGACAGAAAAGGGACGUGGACGAUAUUCCCUCAUCAUUUAUGAGAAUCUAUUGAAGUAUGCACAUGCAGACACAUGGAACAGGCAGCUGUUGCAUCAAUAUUGUACUGAGUACAGAGUUGGCAUCAUCGGCUUCUACCGUUCCACGGAGAAUUCCCCAUCUGUCCUCAAACUCCGAGGCCUACCGCUGGUGCUUAGGACCAACCAGGUGCUUUGGGACUGCUGCGUGGUGUCUAGCUCACCGCUCCUUCACCUGACCAAGCCAGGUACAGAUCGAGGGGCGUUACCUGGUGAGGACUGGACCUCGUUCUCCUCUAAUCACUCCACAUACCAGGCCGUGCUGCAUGCGCGGGCGAAGGAGGGAGCAGUGGCAGGCAGCGGAGAUAAUUCAGGGCCAGGAUUCAGCCUCGGCCUCCAGGCCACAGUGGUACAAGACCUGGGACUUUACGAUGGGGUGAGACGAGUGCUCUUUGGCCAGGGACUGGGCUACUGGCUCCACAGACUCAUCCUGGUGGAUGCCAUUUCCUACCUCACAGACAGGAAGCUUACUUUGGGUCUGGACCGGCACAUAUUGGUUGAUAUCGAUGACAUUUUUGUAGGCAAAGAAGGGACACGCAUGAACGCCAAGGAUGUGAAGGCUCUCCUUGACACACAGAAACAGCUGCGUUCUUACGUCUCCAACUUCACCUUCAAUCUGGGUUUCUCUGGGAAAUUCUACCACACAGGCACGCCUGAGGAGGACGAGGGAGACGAUCUUCUGCUGAAGUACGUAGACGAGUUCUGGUGGUUCCCCCACAUGUGGAGCCACAUGCAGCCUCACCUCUUCCACAACGAGUCCUCACUACUGGAGCAGAUGGUCCUCAACAAGGAGUUUGCUCUGGAGCACAACAUCCCAGUGGACAUGGGCUACGCCGUGGCCCCGCACCACUCGGGCGUCUACCCGGCGCACCUGCAACUGUACGAGGCGUGGAGGCGCGUGUGGAACAUCCGGGUCACCAGCACCGAGGAGUACCCCCACCUCAAACCCGCCCGCUACCGCAAGGGCUUCAUCCACAGCAGCAUAAUGGUGCUGCCUCGUCAGACUUGUGGUCUAUUUACUCACACCAUCUACUAUAAGGAAUACCCGGGUGGACCUAAAGAACUGGACAAAAGCAUCCGUGGGGGAGAGCUGUUCCUCACCGUGCUGCUCAACCCAAUAAGUAUAUUCAUGACUCACUUGUCUAACUAUGGCAACGAUCGACUGGGUCUUUACACGUUUGUCCACUUGGCCUCCUUCCUUCGCUCAUGGACAAACCUGAAACUCCACACGCUCCCACCUCUCCAGCUGGCACACAAGUACUUUCAGCUUUUUCCUGAACAAAGGAAUCCACUCUGGCAGAACCCAUGUGAUGACAAACGACAUAAAGACAUCUGGUCUAAAGAGAAAACCUGCGACAGGCUGCCUAAAUUCAUGGUUGUGGGGCCACAGAAAACAGGAACGACAGCACUUUAUCUCUUCCUGCUCAUGCAUCCCUCCAUAUCCAGUAACUUCCCCAGUCCAAAGACUUAUGAGGAGGUCCAGUUCUUCAAUACCAACAACUACCACAAAGGAAUCGACUGGUACAUGGAGUUCUUCCCUGUUCCCUCCAAUGUUAGCACGGAUUUCCUGUUUGAGAAGAGCGCCAACUAUUUCCCCUCGGAGGAGACCCCACGGCGAGCUGCUGCCCUGCUGCCCAAGGCCAAGAUCAUCACCCUGCUCAUCAACCCGUCUGACAGGGCCUACAGCUGGUACCAGCAUCAAAGAGCUCACGAAGACCAAGCCGCCCUGCAGUAUACCUUUUAUGAUGUCAUCAGCGCAAGAAAGGAAGCGCCUCCAGAGCUGCGCUCCUUGCAGAACCGCUGUCUCAUCCCCGGCCUGUACGCUACCCACCUGGAGAGAUGGCUGACAUACUAUCCUGCUAAUCAGGUGAUGAUCAUAGACGGCCAUCAGCUACGAAGUGACCCUGCAGCGGUGAUGGAUGAAGUACAGAAAUUCUUGGGCGUCACUCCUUCAAUCAACUACUCGCAGGCCCUUACCUUUGACCCGCAGAAGGGCUUCUGGUGCCAGCUCCUUGAGGGAGGAAAGACAAAAUGUCUGGGAAAAAGCAAAGGAAGGAAGUACCCUCCAAUGGAGCCAGAGGCACGCGCAUAUCUCUCCAGAUACUACAGGGACCACAAUGUGGAGCUGUCAAAGCUGCUGCAUCGCCUCGGACAACCCCUUCCCUCCUGGCUGAGAGAGGAGCUGCAGAAGGUUAGAUAACCUUUGCAUCCAUGAGCCAGAGUUAAAGGCCAAAGCCUCAGAUCAGGAAGAGAACCAGGAGUUCCUGACCUUCACAUGCACCGUCUCCAGCCUUUUAGUGCCCCGAGGUGAAGGCCAGAACGGAGGGCCUCGUCUCCCCCACGAGCUGGGAUGCUGCUGGAUGGGGAGGAUAUCACAAAGAGCUGGAUGGAUGGAUGGAUGGAUGGAUGGAUGGAUGGAUGGAUGGAUGGAUGGAUGGAUGGAUGGAUGGAUGGAUGGAUGGAUUAAAACAGCUCAGAAGAACGAUGGACUAAAAGGAAGCCCCACAUUAUAGGAGUGGAGAGGACUUUGGGAGACACUGAGGAUUCGGAAUGUCUUUGACGCCCAAACAUCGAUCUCAACUCACUCUCCUGAAGACCUGCAGAGACUUCCAUUGUUAUUCCGUUUUUUUUUAUUAUUAUUUUUUCCUCUAAGUUAUGUAGCCAGAGCAGCGCUGGUCAGCUGUGCAUGGUUCCUUUAGUAGAGAUGACUUUGCAUUUCUGUUCCAUCCAUUUCCAAGAAAAAUACUUUUAAGUUCAUUUUUUUCAGGUUUAGCAUUUGUCACAAUAACAGAAAAUAUAAGUGGAGGAUAGGCGCAUGGGCUCAGGGUGAGUGGCAGGCUGAUAUGCUAUUUUUCUUUAAAUAUUUUUAAAGGGAAACUUGUUUCUGGUAGAUCCAGUGGACAUGUUUGCCCUUCAAGAUGUCACUCAAAAAGUUUGUUAAGACUGGUAAUUAUUAAUGAAAUAGAAGCCUUGCCCACUGAUUAUUUUCCCAGUAAAUCAUUUAAAAGAGCGCUGCAUCCAUUGCACCAUUGAACAGAGACUGAUCUCGUCUUUGAGGAGAAAGGAGACCUGAGUUGAUGAGAAAACUGACCAAAGUCAGCAUAGAGGAAACUGCACUUAACUCCAAGGUUCUUUCAGUAGCUUAAUGUAACGGCAGGCGAUUUUUAUUUCGUCAGUGUCACAUUCAGUCUCAACCUUUUCUUUUCCUUUCUAAAACCGGUAACCGAUGUUGUUUAGCUUCAACCUGAAUGCAAAGUACCCUACAGUAUAUGUCAAACACAACAACCAAAAUAAACUAAAUGAAUUUGA